AUGGGAUUUAUCAAAAAAGAGAUAAGUGAUAUUAAUGAAUUAUAGAAUAAGAUAAAUUUACGAAUUGAUCAAAUUAAGUAAAAUGCUCUAAAUCUAGAAAACUCAAAUACGUCAAAUUAGUAAAAUGAUGAUACAAAUUGGAUUAUCACAUUAAUCGAGGAUGUUUAAUUGGAAUAUGAGGAAUAAGUUGGUGGACCGAAGCAAUAUUUAAAGAUUAUUUUUAAGAUUUUGAAUUCGAGAGAAAUUUAUUACAAGGAUAUCAUUCUUAAUUUAUAACAAAGCUACUGUAAAAAGAAUAAUUGGAAAUUUCUGGAUGCUUUAAAAAGUUAAAGUAAAUUUGAUUUACAAAGAAACAGAUCUAAUGAGCUUCAUAAUGAAUCAGUUGUGAAGCCAAAUUUAUUCAGUAGUUUAGAGAUAUUAUUAGAGAAAUAUGAUAGGUCGGAUGAAAUGAAUCAUACCAUAGCAGAUGAACCUUUAAAAACAUAAAUGAAUUAUUACGAACCAGGCUAUGAAUCAAAUAAUAACCCUUAGAAAUUAUAUUAGCCAAAUGUAAAAUUAAGUCAUGCCAAUCCUUUUAUUGAAGAAUCUAAAAUAAUGGAAAAUUAAUCAAAUGAUCACUAGAAAAAUACUGAAAAUGAUGAGUUAUUAAACAUGAGUUAGGCGGGGAUAAUUAGCUCAGAUCAGUAUAUUCUAUCAAAGAAACCUAAUUCAAAUUAAAAACAAAGAAGAGAGUGCGAAAAAGAGUUAAUUAGAUUUUCAAGUUAGGUAGAGUUAUCAAGAUUUAGUAAAUAACUGACGAGAAAUGUGUAUAAGCUGAGCAAUUAAUAUAAAUAAAAAGUUAUCUGCUAUAAUGAUCAUGAUAAUAAGAUUAUUGUGGGAUAAAACGAUAAUACAAUAUUAAUUUUUGACUCAGAGAUGUAAUUUGAGAGGUCUUUACAACUUGAAUCAGAGCUAAUCUCUAUAUUGAAACUUAAUGGACUAUUCUUCUUUGGAAUGAUGUAAAAGAAAGUUAUUGUCUUUCGAAAAGAUUUAAACAAAGUUGUUAAGGAGAUUGAUACAAUAGAGUGUGUGUACAAAUUUGUUUAUUACCAGCAUUAAGAUCCAAAUCUAGACUAUUCUAAAGAAUAUUUAAUCCUUUUAGAAAAAGAAGGCUUCAUCUAAUUCUUUAGUUUCUAAGAAAAAAAGAUAGUAUUUACUCAAUAACACUCGAGCAAAAUAAGUAUAUAGGAUGGAUUAUAAGUUGCAAAGAAAAACCAAUUAUGCUUGGCGCUUGCAUAACUUGUUGAUAAUACCUAUAAAAAUGGAAGAGUAUCAUUCAUAGAUGUAAUAAUAAAAUAAGCAACUCACAUAAAAAAAUAGCUCUAAUAUAAAACUUCUCAAGAGGUAAGCUUAGUUGAAAUUCAGAUAUAGGAACUAGUCAAAGAAAAUUACUUGGAUGGUAGUGCAAUAUUUAAUGUCCUGCAAAUAUUUAAUAAUCAAUUCAUAGUUUGCGUUUAAGAAAAUAAAUUUUUACUAAUAAAUAGAUCCUUGCCAGAUUAAAUCAAAAAAAUACGAAAUCCUUCAAAGAGUAUAAACUACAAUUCCUUAGUAAAGAUAGAUGGGUUCAGUGAUGAACUACCAUAUUUGAUUUACAGGGAUUCUCGUUGUAUUGGAGUGAUCAACUGUAAAACAUUAACUGCUAGUACCAUCAUAAGUGGAAUAAACUAUAGUAGAUGUGGAAAUAUUUUCAGUCUUGAUUAAUACAGAAACAGUGAUGGUAAACUUAACCUAUUGACGUUUAUCUUUGAUAGAGAUUCAAAUAAAAGAGAAAUCAAAAGCUUUUAAAUUGAUAUUAAUGGAUUUUAAUGA